UCAAGUGAUCCACCUGCCUCGGCCUCCCAAAGUGUUGGGAUUACAGGCGUGAGCCACUGUGCCCGGCUUUGUGUUCUAAAUAAAUGGCGCAGCCUGGUGCUCAGCCCUGCAUCUGCGCUCGUUGAACGUGUAUGGGAUGAAUGAACGAACACAGGACACGGAUCAGACACGACUUACACACCGGCCGUUACCUGUGGUCCUUCCUCCUGCUCUCUGCCACGCUGGCCCCACCAGCCUCAGCCCCGUCAGGCUCCGCCCCUGCACUGGCACUGCUCCCUAAGGCCCUCCCAAGGCCCUGCCUUCUGUCCUGGACCCAACCUGAGCGCCCUCCUACCCUGACCCUGCUCUGCGCGGCCCCGCCUUCCUCCUUUGUCACGCCCCCGAUCCUAGCCCCGCCCCUACCUCGAGCUUGCUUUGCAAGGCCAUGCUCAACCCCGCCUCCCUCUUUGGCCACGCCCCUGGAUCCUGGCCCCGCCCCUACCUAAACCCUGCUUUGCGCGGCCCCGCCUCCCUCUUUGGCCAAGCCCCGGGUCCUGGCCCCGCCCCUACUCUGACUCUGCUCAGCGACACCCCCGUUCGGCCCCGCCUUCCUCCUUUGUAACGGCUCCGGAUCGCAGCCCCCGCCCCUACCAUAACACUGCUCCGCAAGGCCGUGCUCAACCCCGCCUCCCGCUUUGGCCAAGCCCCUGAGUCCUGGCCCCGCCCCUACUCUGACUCUGCUCAGCGAGACCCCGCUUGGCCUCGCCUUCCUUCUAGCCCCUUCCCCAAAGUCCCGGCCCCUCCCCAGACCCAGGCACCGCUCCCGAGCGUCUUCUAUCCUGGCCUGUUCUGCGAGGCUCUGCUCGGCCCGCCCUUCUGCCGUGACCAUGUCCCUGAGGCCUGGCCCGGAUCCUGCUCGGCCGUGCUCCGCUCGACCCCACCCUCGAGGCCCCGCCCCUUCUUCGCCUUGGCCCCACCCACCCCUCCAGGCCCCGCCCUCGGCCCCCUUCCGGGCUCCGAACUGGCUCCACCUUCGCCUUGGCCGGGCCCCGAGGCCCCGCCCCGAGACCCCGUCACCCGUUUCAGGACCGUUGGCACCGGGCUAACGGUUCCACCACGUCCGCCGCCCUGGACGCCCGCGGCCUGCCCCUCCCUGCCUGUCCUGCGCAGAUACACUUUGAGUGGAUUCUGGCCAUUUGAGCAUUCUCUCCAACUCUCCAACCCCCAGUCUGCCCCCACGGGGGUCUCCCCCACCUCUCCCCCGUCCCACAGCCUAAACCCCUCUUGGCCCUGAACCUCCGUUUUCCUCAUGUGGUGAAUGGGCACUGGCUCCUCUCAGACUCCCAGGAGCACCAGAGCUGGCCCUGAGCCAAGCCCUGCCCCACCAGGACCUGGCGACACGGGUGACUCAGACGUGACUCAGGAAGUCUCAGGUCCUGCUGGCAUCCGCGGAGGUGAGAAGGUGAUCAGAGCUGGGAUGGGGGACUCCCCAGGCAGAGGGGCACCCCAGAGGAGGCACAAGGCCCAGGCUGGCCGGGCUGGGAAGUAUGAACAGAGACUGGAAGGGUGAGGAUGGGUGCACCGGGCGGCCGGAACACAGGGGCAGGGGCUUGGUGGAGAGGGCGCUGCUAGAGAGCUGGCAGGUGGGGGGCCAAUUGCUGGCGUCUAGGGGUGGUUUGCCUCAUAGGGGGCCAAACCAGGGCCGCCGGUGCAGGGCUAGAGCUAGACCCACAUUCCUGAACCUGCUAGUGGAGAAGAUUCCAGGAUCUUCCGACAAUGUGCCGUCUGCCUGCAUUGCCCCCAUCAGAGUUUGCUGCCCAGCCGGAGGGGUGAGGAGGCGGGUGGCCAUGCCUGACCCUCAUGCUGUGUUUUGAGAUGUAACAUAUAGCCCGGGGGUCCCAUUCAGUCAGUGAACAGACGACUGAGCCCCUAAGCUGGUGCCACAUGGGGAGAGGGGCAGGAGGCCGUCAGCGAAACCAGGAGGAGGUGAGAGUGGUCCUUCCAGGAAAAGCGAGGUGUGGGGAGCAGUGGCCGGAGGCUGGCAUGGCCAGAAGCUGGCAUGGCUGGCGGCAGAGUCCUUCUAGGCUGUACUGGUGGGAGGUGACCAGGGUGGCUGGUGGGGGACACUGGCAGAUGGGCUUUUGCAGGUUUGAGGAUCAUCUUGGGGUCCCCUGGGUCUCAGGGUGUCCAAGGCGAGACACACAGCCUAUGGCUGGACAUUCAGAGCCUGGAGGGGAGGCUGCAGAUGAGUGUGGGAGGUAGCAUUUGAGAGGGCUGGCCCCUAGGCUGUGAGCUCCUUGAAGACGGAGUGGUGCCCAGCCAGGGCUGGGGCCACUGCUGUGACCCGGCGCCCCUCUCUCCCACAGCCCAACCAGCAUGGGCAGCCUCGGCCAGAGAGAAGAUCUCCAAGAUGAGGACAGGAACUCAGCAUUCACUUGGGAGGUCCAGGCUAACAACCGCACCUACAACGCACAGUUCAAGGAGAAGGUGUUCCUGUGCUGGCGGAGGAAGAAAUACAAGACCAAUGUCGUCCGCACAGCCAAGUACAGCUUCUUCUCGUUCCUGCCGCUGAACCUGUACGAGCAGUUCCACCGAGUGUCCAACCUGUACUUCCUCCUCAUCAUCAUCCUGCAGAGCAUUCCCGACAUCUCCACGCUGCCCUGGUUCUCGCUCGGUGCCCCCAUGGUCUGCCUCCUCUUCAUCCGUGCCGCCCGGGACCUGGUGGACGACAUCGGGAGGCACAAGAGUGACAGAGCCAUCAACAACAGACCUUGCCAGAUUCUAAUGGGGAAGAGCUUCAAGCGGAAGAAAUGGCAGGAUCUGUGCGUGGGGGAUGUGGUCUGUCUCCGCAAAGACAACAUCGUCCCAGCCGACGUGCUCUUGCUGGCCAGCACGGAGCCCAGCAGCCUGUGCUAUGUGGAGACGGUGGACAUUGAUGGGGAGACCAACUUGAAGUUCAGACAGGCCCUGAUGGUCACCCACAAAGAACUGACCACUACAAAGAAGAUGGCGUCCUUUCAAGGCACAGUGGUGUGUGAGGCGCCCAACAGCCGGAUGCACCACUUUGUGGGGUGCCUGGAAUGGAAUGACAAGAAAUACUCCCUGGACAUUGGCAACCUCCUCCUGCGAGGCUGCAGGAUUCGUAACACAGACACCUGCUAUGGACUGGUCAUUUAUGCUGGUUUUGACACAAAAAUUAUGAAGAACUGUGGCAAGAUCCAUUUGAAGAGAACCAAGCUGGACCUCCUGAUGAACAAGCUGGUGGUUGUGAUCUUCAUCUCCGUGGUGUUUGUCUGCCUGGUGUUGGCCUUCAGCUUCGGUUUCUCGGUCAAAGAAUUCAAAGACCACCACUACUACCUCUCGGGGCUGCACGGGAGCAGCGUGGCCGCAGAGUCCUUCUUCAUCUUCUGGGGCUUCCUCAUCCUGCUCAGCGUCACCGUCCCGAUGUCCAUGUUCAUCCUGUCCGAGUUCAUCUACCUGGGGAACAGCAUCUUCAUCGACUGGGACGUGCAGAUGUACUACAAGCCGCAGGACGUGCCCGCCAAGGCCCGCAGCACCAGCCUGAAUGACCACCUGGGCCAGGUGGAAUACAUCUUCUCGGACAAGACGGGCACACUCACGCAGAACAUCUUGACCUUCAACAAGUGCUGCAUCAACGGCCGCGUCUACGGGCCGGAUUCAGAGGCCACGACCGGACCUAAGGAGAACCCCUACCUCUGGAACAAGUUCGCCGACGGGAAGCUGCUCUUCCACAACGGGGCCCUGCUGCACCUCGUGCGAAGCAACAGGGACGAGGCUGUGCGGGAGUUCUGGCGCCUGCUGGCCAUCUGCCACACGGUGAUGGUGCGGGAGAGCCACCACCAGCUGUUGUACCAGGCGGCCUCCCCCGACGAGGAGGCGCUGGUCACCGCGGCCCGGAACUUCGGCUACGUGUUCCUGUCCCGCACCCAGGACACCAUCACGAUCGUGGAGCUGGGGGAGGAGCGGGUCUACCAGGUCCUGGCCAUAAUGGACUUCAACAGCAUGCGCAAACGGAUGUCGGUGCUGGUCCGAAAGCCAGAGGGCACCAUCUGCCUGUACACCAAGGGCGCCGACACGGUCAUCUUUGAACGCUUGCACAGGAGAGGGGCAAUGGAAUUUGCCACAGAGGAGGCCUUGGCUGCCUUUGCCCAGGAGACCCUGCGGACACUGUGCCUGGCCUACAGGGAGGUGGCUGAGGACAUUUACGAGGACUGGCAGCAGCGCCACCAGGAGGCCAGCCUCCUGCUGCAGAACCGGGCGCAGGCCCUGCAACAGGUGUACAACGAGAUGGAGCAGAACCUCAAGCUGCUGGGAGCCACAGCCAUUGAGGACAGACUCCAGGACGGCGUCCCUGAAACCAUCAAAUGUCUCAAGAAGAGCAACAUCAAAAUAUGGGUGCUCACCGGGGACAAGCAGGAGACGGCUGUGAACGUCGGCUUUGCCUGCGAGCUGCUGUCAGAGAAUAUGCUCAUUCUGGAGGAGAAGGAGAUUAGCCGCAUCCUGGAGACCUACUGGGAAAACAGUAACAACCUUCUAACCAAGAAGUCCCUGUCGCAGGUCAAGCUGGCAUUGGUCAUUAACGGAGAUUUCCUGGACAAGCUGCUGGUGUCCCUGCGGAAGGAGCCGCGCGCCCUGGUGCAGAACGUGAACAUGGACGAGGCGUGGCAGGAGCCCGGCCAGUCCAGGAGGGAUUUCCUCUACGCCAGGCGCCUGUCCCUGCUGUGCCGGAGGUUCGGGCUCCCGCUGGCCGCGCCGCCGGCCCAGGACUCCGGAGCCCGCCGUAGCUCCGAGGUGCUGCAGGAGCGCGCCUUCGUGGACCUGGCGUCCAAGUGCCAGGCGGUCAUCUGCUGCCGCGUGACGCCCAAGCAGAAGGCCCUGAUCGUGGCCCUGGUCAAGAAGUACCACCAGGUGGUGACCCUGGCCAUCGGGGACGGCGCCAACGACAUCAACAUGAUCAAGACCGCGGACGUGGGCGUGGGGCUGGCGGGCCAGGAGGGCAUGCAGGCAGUUCAGAACAGCGACUUCGUGCUUGGCCAGUUCUGCUUCCUGCAGCGCCUCCUGCUGGUGCACGGCCGCUGGUCCUACGUACGGAUCUGCAAGUUCCUGCGCUACUCCUUCUACAAGACCAUGGCCAGCAUGAUGGUGCAGGUCUGGUUCGCGUGCUACAACGGCUUCACCGGCCAGCCCCUGUACGAAGGAUGGUUCCUGGCUCUUUUCAACCUCCUGUACAGCACCCUGCCAGUUCUCUACAUUGGGCUCUUUGAGCAGGACGUGAGCGCAGAGCAGAGCCUGGAGAAGCCGGAGCUGUACGUGGCAGGGCAGAAGGACGAGCUCUUCAACUACUGGGUCUUCGUCCAAGCCAUUGCCCAUGGCAUGACCACCUCUCUGGUCAACUUCUUCAUGACGCUCUGGAUCAGCCACGACACGGCGGGACCCGCCAGCUUCAGCGACCACCAGUCCUUUGCGGUCGUGGUGGCCCUGUCCUGCCUGCUGUCCAUCACCAUGGAGGUCAUUCUUAUCAUCAAGUACUGGACCGCCCUGUGCGUGGCGACCAUCCUCCUCAGCCUUGGUUUCUACGCUGUCAUGACUACCACCACCCAGAGCUUCUGGCUCUUCAGAGUAUCCCCCAAGACCUUCCCGUUUCUGUACGCCGACCUCAGCGUGCUGUCCUCUCCCUCCAUCCUGCUGGUGGUCCUGCUGAGCGUGUCCAUAAACACCUUCCCUGUCCUGGCCCUCCGAGUCAUCUUCCCAGCCCUGAAGGAGCUACGCGCCAAGGAGGAGAAGGUGGAGGAGGGCCCCAGCGAGGACAUUUUCACCGUGGAGCCCCUGCCUCAUGUAUACUGGGAGUCUCGUGCCCGGCGUUCCAGCUAUGCUUUCUCCCACCAUGAGGGAUACGCAGACCUCAUCACUCAGGGCACAAUUCUGCGGAGGGGACCAGGGGUCAGCAGUGACAUAGCAUCUGAAUUCCUAGACCCAUCUGAUGAAGAGGCAUCUUCGAGCCCAAAGGAGUCACAUUGGCACCUCAGGAAGAAGUCCUUCCUGGGGAGGAAGAAGUGCCAGCCACAGGGGCCGAUGUCCUCCCGGGAAGUACAGCGCCUCCCUACACCUAGCUCAUCAUUUUCUAUGGAUAGACAAUCCGCUCUUCGUUCAGAAAACCAACGUGCCCUCCCCAAAUAUGUGCUCACCAGCACCAACAGGCUAUCUGGGUCUUUCCAAGAGCAAUUGCCAAGGGUACAGGAGAGGCCACUGUCACCCAAGCAGAGGCCACCUUCUCCUGAGAAGUUGCUGUUGACCAAGGAGAGGUCACAUUCUCUUCAGGAGAAACCACCGUUGCACAGAGAAAGCCAGCCGUCGUCAUCUGAGAGCCAGCCACAGCCUCUGGGGAGCCAGUCAUUGCUUUCAGGCCAGCUGACGUUGGAGAGCCAGCCAGACUCCUCGGAGGAGAAGUCAGCAUUUUUGAAGCCUUCCACACCGUUCUGGAAGAGCUGGCAAAAGGAGUCCCACACCCCCAAGGAGGGGACGGCGCCACUUCCAGACAAGACCCACAAAUCUCAGGUGGAGACUCGGCCACCAAGUGUGGAAGAAUCUUCCACGUCCACGAGCGAGCAGCCUAUGGAGGUGGAGCCCUGGCCCGCCGAGAAGCAGUCAUCAUCAUCCAUGGAGUGGCUGCUGGUGCCUGGGGAGGAGCAGCCAUCCUUGCCCCCAGAGGAGCAGUCAUUGCCAUCUGCGGAGGGGACCAGGGGUCAGCAGUGACACAGCGUCUGAAUCCCUAGACCCAUCGAUGAAGAGGCAACUUCGAGCCCAGAGGAGUCACAUUGGCACCUCAGGAAGAAGUCCUUGCUGGGGAAGAAGCAGCGCCAGCCAGAUCUGCUGCAAGUCAACCAGCAUGCAGGGGACCUUCCUCUAAAGACAAGGGCUCUCAUGCUUUUCUUUUUCUAAUAAACCAGGGUCCAUCUGACCCCAGCGCUAAUUCAGG